CUAAAAAAUAGUGCAAGUGAAUUAAGGGAGGAGGUCUGAUCAGACCAGUUGUUUUUUGAAAGUCAUUAUAUAACAGCAAAAGUGCAUGAAGAAUCAAUACCAUCCCUCCGCCUCCUCCUGCUCCUCAAACAUCUCCUGCUCACCGGUGGGUGUGGAUCUAGAAACUCACUUCUCAGCUUUUGAAUUCACGGAUUCAUUUCACUUGAUUUCAUUCUGACAGUGAGGUCAGCAGGAGCAAGAUGACAACAUACACAGAUAAAGGCGAAAAGCAUGAGCAGGGAAGGUUCCUCUGCUUUGAUCACAUAACAUUCUGGGUUGGAAAUGCCAAACAGGCGGCCUCGUUUUACUGCAACAAGCUGGGAUUCGAGCCUCUGGCUUACCGCGGCCUGGAGACAGACAGUCGUGACGUGGUGUCCCACGUAGUCAGACAGGGGAAGAUCAUUUAUGUGUUCUCGUCUGCCCUCAAUCCUGGAAACAAAGAGAUGGGUGAUCAUUUAGUCAAACACGGGGAUGGAGUGAAGGAUGUUGCCUUCACAGUGCAGGACUGUGACUUCCUUGUGCAGAAAGCCAGAGAGCGAGGUGCAGUUAUUGUAAAGGAGCCCUGCACCCUGGAGGACAAGUACGGUAAAGUCAGGGUGGCUGUGCUUCAAACAUAUGGAGACACCACUCACACCUUUGUGGAGAGGGCCGAGUACAGCGGGUUGUUCCUGCCAGGCUUCCAGGUCCCUGACUUCAAGGACCCUUUACUAGCCAAACUACCAAGUGGAAAACUGAACUUCAUUGACCACGUCGUGGGAAACCAACCGUAUGAUGAGAUGGUCCCAGUGGUGGAUUGGUAUCAAAGAAACCUUCUCUUUCACCGCUUCUGGUCAGUCGAUGACAAGCAGCUUCAGACAGAGUUCAGUGCCCUGCGCUCCAUUGUUGUGGCAAACCACGAAGAGACGGUGAAGAUGCCCAUCAACGAGCCUGCUAUGGGGAAGAGGAAGUCUCAAAUCCAGGAAUACGUGGAGUACUACGGAGGUCCGGGCGUGCAGCAUAUAGCCAUGAACACAUCAGACAUCAUCACUGCGAUUCGUAACCUAAAAGAGCGUGGCAUGGAGUUCAUGUGUGUGCCCGACACCUACUACCAACUACUGAGGAAGAACUUGAAAGGCUCAAAGGUCAAAAUCUCAGAGGACCUUGAUGUUCUGCAGGAGCUGAAUAUCUUAGUGGACUACGACGACAAUGGCUAUUUACUGCAGAUCUUCACGAAGCCGGUUCAGGAUCGCCCCACAGUCUUCUUGGAAGUCAUUCAGAGACAUAACCACCAGGGCUUCGGUGCAGGGAACUUCAAGGCUCUUUUUGAGGCCAUCGAAACGGACCAGCAAGCGAGGGGAAACCUGACCAUCCUGACACCGGACAGCAUUUCAAAGAACAUGUGAUUUCUGUUUCUUCUUCUUUCUGUUCAUGUCCUUUUACUUUUUUAAUAGUCUAAUAAUUUGUAACUUGCAUGUGUUAUUACAACGUAACAUAUUUUAUCUGUCAAAAAGUACUCAAUUACUGAUAACUGAAUGAGUUGUUUGUAUCAAGAUAGAAGGAACAGUUAACCCCAACUUAAUUACAACACUUUUUUAAUUAAAAAAACUGACAUUAGUGAUACACGCUUGACUCAAGCGAAACACAAUUUAAGCUCUCAAAAAUGAAAACAUGUAACUAUACACUUUGUUGGACCAGAACAGACCUCACAUUGCAACAAAGGCCUUUUUGAAUGACAAUCAGAGAGCCGAUGGAGUCUUUCACUGUGGGGAAGGAGAGAAAUUAUAAACUGUGUGUGAAACUGUGUUCAUUCAUUUACAUCCAAAUGUAAUUUCUUGCAUUGUUUUACCAGAUAAUUAGUUUUUUGUUUUUCACAGUGAUUACCAGUACUUUGAGGAGGCAAAACUACUAUUUCAUGCUAGACCUCCAUUGAUAAUACGUUGCAGUCUUACAUGCUGCUUAGCACAGUUUAUUAAAUCAUUAUUCCCUGAGCAGCCCCUUUACUCGUGUGCAGUGUUUCUAUGAGCUCCUCCAAAAUGGCUUUUCUGACACAUCUGCUUGGCCUGUG